AUGGUUUUGUCUAUGAAGCACUGCAGAGAUCAGGCCCAGGAGGUGCCCUUGUCCCUCUCGCUCUCCCUCGGCGCCAUGGCCGACCGCACCAAGAAGCAGCGCCGCGGCGUCGCUGCCGGCGAGUUCGUGUGCAAGACGUGCAGCCGCGCCUUCCCGUCGUUCCAGGCGCUGGGCGGGCACCGGACAAGUCACCUGCGCGGCCGCCACGGGCUCGCGCUCGGCCUUGCCGCCGGGAUCAAUGAGCCGUCGUCGACCAAGAAGACGGUGGACCAGAAGCAGGCGCACCAGUGCCACGUCUGCGGGCUUGAGUUCGAGAUGGGCCAGGCGCUCGGCGGCCACAUGCGCCGGCACCGCGAGCAGGAGUCCGCCACCGCGGCGCAGGCACCGCCCGUUCUGCUCCAGCUCUUCGUCUAG